AUAUCAUGUGGUUACAAUGAUAUGAAAAUAACUGAUUGCUUCAUACUAGAGUUGAGCGGACCUAAUUCAACCCAACAGGAGCAUGAUGAAGUCAGUGCUUUCUGUUUUCCAUAUGAGAGUGUAGCAAACCACCCCGUGAGGUUCAGAGACGAGAACGGAGUGAUCAAUGUAAAUUAUGGAGUCAUUGAGAUAUAUCAUGAUGGAAUAUGGGGUCCAAUUUGCGACUAUUCUUUUUACGAUCAUGAGAUCCUUUGUAGUCAGCUAGGUCAUACGGAUUUAACGAUGAGCGGUAGCUUAAGUAACUACGAUGGGAAAUACACGUCAAAUGGUCCAAUCUGGUUCCGCUUGUCAUAUUGUACCCGUUACUCCGGUUCAUAUGGUUUUGACCAGGACAAGAUAUAUAAAUGCAGACAUGGUCCAUGGGGUGAACCUGAUCCUGACUAUUGUUCAAGGAAUAACAUGGCUACAGCCAGAUGCGUCAAUAUGGAUCAGACGGAUGACUAUUAUCCAGACGAAGAUGUAAGUUGGCAACCCGGUCUCGGUGGAUGGGAGGUUUUUCUAGUCGCCAUUGCUGUGGUUGUACCAACGUGUCUUAUCAUCGGUUGCUGCUAUAGAAGUCGACGUUCUCAAACAAUCAUAGCGACGGGUACUCCUGCUACUUACUCGUCAGCUACCAAUGCUACGCAUAUUGAUGGAGUAUCCUCAGAAUCUACAGACCCUGCUCCACCCUAUGUUCCUCCAUCCCCGGCUCCUGUCGAGUCUCCUCCUACAUAUGACUCUGUUACUGCACCAAUGACCCCGGCUGAUAACACCGAUGCCUGUAUGACAAAUAAUGCAGAGAAUUCAUGAAAUACACUGUUGGUCAUUAAGGUGGAAUGAUUUUUGUUUGUUACCCCAGUUUGUGGAAUGAUUGGCAAUGUACCAAAUGUAUUUUGCAAGAAAUGCCGCUUCAUAGUAAAAGAUAGUAUUGUGAACUAAAUUCUGUUGAUAUCGACAUUGAAUUAAGUACGAAUACAUGAACCUCUAUAAAUGACUUUCCAAAGGGUAAAGGGUUGAAAAUUGCACAUUUAAAUAUUCGUAGUCUUAGAAAUAAGGUGCAGGAUUUGCAAUUAUAGUUGAAACAAAAUCCGUACGAAAUAUUCUGACCUUGUCAGAAACGUGGCUAAGUGAAAAAAUUUGUAAUUUAUUGUUACAUGGUUCAAGGCAUGGCCAAACAGAGGAUUUUUGUAACGUUGGGGAUCGGGGUAAAAUGCAUUGAAUUAUUGAUAACGUAAUUGCAUUUAAUUUGUUGUCCUUUAUUUGUGGGGACAGCCCCCUACGCUAGCCCCCGCUGCGUACAGUCAUGAUUUAGUGGCAAAAAUCGGCUUUGUAACUGUGAGGCCCGAGGAUCAAAACCGUGUCGAUGUGCUAUAU